ACGCGGAGAAAGAGGAAAAAGGUGAGAGAGAAAGAGAAGCAGACAUCGCAAGAAAGUAAAUGAGGGAAGAAGGAAUAAGCUCAUCGGGAGACCCAUUACUGUUCCGCAAUUCUUCUCCCACUCCCGCUGCCAGUUCUGCUGGGGCAUCAUCACCGGCCGUUGCCACUAAUGCUGGCAGUACAGAUUGGUUGGGUCAUGGGCAGGGAUCCAAAGUAGGUUCUCUGUCUCGAAUUGGUUCGCAGCCCAUGUGGAUUUCGUUGAGUGCAAGUGCCGGUGGUUCAGCUCUUGGCUCAUCUCAGCCUUCAUGUAGACCAUGGGAAAGGGGUGACCUUCUAAGGCGAUUGUCCACGUUUAGGCCUGCGAAUUGGUUUGGAAAGCCUAAGGUUGCUAGUUCACUUGCCUGUGCAAGAAGAGGCUGGGUAAAUGUGGAUGUUGAUAAAAUUGUAUGCGAGUCUUGUGGUGCAACCCUGAAAUAUGUUGCACCAGAUUCAUGGACUCCUACAGAAGGUGAUAAUGUUGGAGAAGAAUUUGCCAAUCAGCUUGAUGAAGGGCACAAAGUCAUUUGCCCAUGGAAAGGGAACAGCUGUGCUGAAAGCUUAGUGCAGUUCCCUCCUACUCCUCCAUCAGCGCUGAUAGGGGGUUAUAAGGAUCGUUGUGAUGGACUAUUCCAAUUUCUCUCCCUGCCGAUUGUAGCUGCUUCGGCAAUUGAACAGAUGAGGGUCUCUAGGGGACCUGAGAUUGACCGCUUUUUGGUUCAGUCAUAUACUUUCACUGUUGAGGAAUCUGGGUGUAAGGCAGACAUUGCCUCCGGUUCGGAGAGUAACAGAGAGGAGGCGUUAUGCAUAUAUUCACGUGCCCAGAAAUUGAUAAGCCUUUGUGGAUGGGAGCCGAUAUGGCUUCCCAAUGUUCAAGACUGUGAAGAGCAUUCUGCUCAAUCAGCUAGAAAUGGAUGUUCUUUCAGUCCCAUUAAAGGGCGUGCCCCUCCAGAGGAUCGAGUUCCUAACAAGAAGGCGUUGUCUGCUUCAACCAAAAAGGGUCCUGUAAAGAAUGAACAAUUAGGUCCCUCAACAAAGUUUGAGCCUAGAUCACCUUUGCUCGACUGUAGCUUAUGUGGUGCGACAGUGAGAAUCUUGGACUUCCUGACUGUUAGUCGUCCUGCUCGCUUUGCUCCUAGUAUUAGUGAUGUUCCUGAAACAAGCAAAAAGAUGGCACUUACUCGUGGAGUAAGUGCAGCGAGUGGAAUUAAUGGAUGGGUUGCCACUGACGGCAAAGAGCAGACUGAGGACCUUGAUGAAGCGGCAACCACAGAGGGGAAGUCGAUGUCAAAUAUCGGGGUCGACUUAGAUCUUACAAUGGGUGGUGGAUUUUCUGCUGGACAUGCGCACAAGACCAUGAUAUCUGAACAAUAUCAAGAUGUAAAUAUAGGAAAAGACCUAGUUAUUGGGCAGCCGGCCGGUAGUGAGGUUGGUGAUCGUGCAGCAUCGUAUGAAUCCCGAGGUCCUAGUACUCGCAAACGGAAUUUGGAUGAAGGUGGGAGCACUGUUGAUAGGCCACAGGUAAUGAUGCAGCAGGCGGAUAGUGUUGAGGGUGUUGUCAUUGACCGUGAUGGUGAUGAAGUGAACGAUAGCAAACAGUCCUCUGGCCCUUCUAAACGUGUAUGCGAGUCUCAUGUUUUUGAAUCAUCCCAUCAAUCAUAUAGACGAGAUUCAUCUGGUGCUGGUCCUAGCCAGACCUUAUAUUUUGAUAUUGAACGGGAUGCUCCCUUCCACCAUGGGAAUGAACAAGCGGCCGGCUAUCCAUCCACGAGAGAUUCAACACGGGCUUCCUCUGUUAUUGCAAUGGAUACGGUUUACCAUGGCGAUGAUAACGAUUCAAUGGAAAGCGUUGAAAAUCAUCCUGGAGAUGUUGAUGAUGUUAACUAUCCUUCUGUUUCGGCAUUCAAGAGUCCUGACCUGAAUGACACUUCAGAUGUGAAUUUCAGUAAUCAAGCCCAACAGAGUACUUGUGCUGCUACAGUUAGAGCUGCUGGUGAGAUUGGUGUUAGCAGUACCAAUGAUGAGGAAGUAUUGAACACUGAUACCACCACUGCUCAUCGGAGGGAUGGUCCUAGCUUUGCUAUUAGUGGAGGCAGUGUUGGAAUGGGUGCAAGUCAUGAAGCUGAGAUCCAUGGUGCUGAUGCUUCUGUCCAUAGGACGGAAAGUGUUGUUGGGGACAUGGAACCAGUGGCUGAAGUGACCGAAAAUCAAGGUCAAAAUGGUGAAUUUGCUGCAGAUCCUGGACUGAUGGGUGAUUUUGUCCCUGAAGAAAUGGAACAGGAAUACCCUCCAGGUGGGAGUCAAGAUCUGAUGUCAAGGUCAGUAGGAAGGGAAGAUAGUGGCUCAAAAGUUCUUGGUUCAGCCAAGGCGGAAUCUGUUGAAAGCGGUGACAAAACCAGUAACAUGAACAUCUUAUUCCAUGAGCAAAGUGUCCACCCUUCUCUUUCUUGCAAUGCGGUUUUAUGUUCAGGCUUUGAAGCAUCCAAGGAUGAGGUGACACAGGCAGGGAAGUCGUCCCCGAUCGAUGAAUGUGGAUACACCAACUAUCCAGUUGCAAAUGGGAUAGGGACUGUAAAUGGAGAAAGUAACUUUGAAGAACCUGUGGAGUUUGAUCCAAUUAAACAUCAUAAUUUUUUCUGUCCUUGGGUAAAUGGCAAUGUUGCUGCAGCUGGUGUUAGCAAUGGUAAUGGCUCUGGUGCUGGUGCUUUAGCACUUUGUGGUUGGCAGCUGACCUUGGAUGCUUUGGAUGGUUUCCAAACGCUCGACCCAAAUCAAACUGUUCAAUCUGAAUCCGCUGCUUCUCUGUACAAGGACGAGGGUCAAAUUUCUGGUCGGAAGCUCGUGACACGACGCUCUCUCAGCAGAAGCCAUGGGCAAAAUUGAAAUCAUCAGCAAAUCGGUAAUCUUUAAAUCUGUCUCAAGAAGUUGUCUAUGUCUAAGGUACACAUUCAAGAGUUCCUUCCUGGCUGCGCAGCAGCCGUACAACCGGUCUAUAUCCAUUUUGACUUUAUUUUCUCCCGUCUUGCUUGCUUAUAGCGGUUUUAAUAACGCGUUUCAAUAAACGCCAAAUAUGGAGUCUUUUUAUAGGUAGGAUAAUGACAAUGAUGUUGUAAGACCCUAGAAACACAUUUGCAUGCUUAUUUUCAUAUGGAAAUCUGAGUCUUCC